AUGACUUUGACUUUGGUGAAGGUUAAGUUCUUCCGGGCUCUUCCCGCAAUUUUCUUUAGCUGUAUAAAAAGCCUGGCAAUUCUGAAUGAGCUUCACAGUUCUUUUGCAACUGGCAUCUCCUCUUCUUCUCUCACCAUGCAUUCCAAAAUUAUUCUUCUUUUGGCUCUCUUUGCUAUGACUGUGUCCUCCAUGCCGACUGGCGAAAACAUUCCUGAUUUACAAGCCGACAAUCAGUUCUUGUACGGUUAUUACGGUUACCCUAGUUUCUCUUACCCAACAUCAAUGCUCGCAACGUACCACGUCCCAGUUGCCGCUCGUACGGAUGGAGUUCCGGCUUCCACUGCAAAAUUGAUCACCCAGCCGAUCGCCUAUCCCUAUCCUGGUUACGCAUACGCAGGGUAUCCGUAUGCUGAAGGUUACGGUUAUGCGUAUGGUUACCCUAUUACAGCGUAAAAAGAUACUCAUCCUUAAUUAAAGCAUGAUUUUUAGUUACUGCCCUGACAUAAGCUCGAGAACAUUCAAUCUUCUUUUUUUUUGUUCUUGUUGAUGGUUUUUAAAUUUCUUUGGCCGGGAACGGGUUUUCUGGAUGCAUUUUUAUCCCCACCUAAUGUUUAUUUUUUUUUACAACUUUAUUAGUAAACGUAAACUCUACACAAAAUUAAUUUCAUCAACUGAAUUUAUCGUUUACAUUAUCACAUCGCUAUUUUCUAAUUGUCUUUCAGUAUUUCCCUGUUUGUAGAAUUCGACUUUUCAUCUUCACACGCAGUACCUAACCACAUAUUUCUGAAUGCCUAAAACUAGUGACUUGCACGAAAAUUAUUCUGUGAUGAUAUUCAGUUAAAAAGGACGGCCAGGUUUCAAUCAAACUUCAAGUGCUAUUGGCAUAUUUGCAAGUCGUAACUAACGUAGUCUUACUGCUCUUCACAUUUUUUAAAUUUACUUAUAAUCAACAUCCUUUUUUAUUUUAUAUUAUACUUUGACUAAUAGACGUUGCUAACUUUUGAAAGAUUUUACGACAAACAUCCAAGUUUAGCUGUGGAUGUUCGUCGUUAUUGGUUUCUAGAGUUAAAAAAGACUUGUGCACGCAGAAACGUGAUCACACAACCAAAAUUGAAAUUUUCUUAUUCAAUAGCCAUAGGCUUAUACCUUAUUUUCAUUUCAAAUUUAUACUACCGCUAUAUAUUUAACUAACACGCUUUCAACAUAACCUUUGUUAUACCUUUGUUGUUAUACGAAUAAACAGUUCCUCAUGUUCGUAA